UGAAAUUUGAACAUUUCCCUCAUAGCUAGAAAUAUUUAAGUAUGAUUCUGGAUACAUUAGAGUUGGAAAUUCGUAAUUUAAAUAAUCUAAAGUAUCAAGAAUUAAGAUUAAAUCCAUGUAAAAUAGUUAGUAUAGCAGUUUAGAUGAGCCAUUCUUGAAAUGACUUCACAACAAUUACGUCUAGUAAAAUGAAGUGGUCAGUUUUUGGAAUUAUUUUAUCCGUGACAUAUUCAACCUGUGCUGUAGAUUUACUAGUGGAUCUUCCAUAUGGCACAAUUAGGGGUAGAGAGCUUGCCACACCUAAUAACAUAUCAUUUAGAGCAUUUCAAGGUGUGCCAUAUGCUGCCGCGCCUGUUGGUACUCUCAGGUUUCAGGCUCCGGAACCACCUACCAAUUGGACUGACAUUAAAAAUACAACCCAAGAUGGAAACAUCUGCUUCUCAGUUAAAAACGAUAGCGACGAUGAGAAUGAAGAUUGCUUAUUCAUCAACAUCUUCACUCCAAUAUUAAGCAAUGCAACUGAAGAAAAAUUUCCAGUUAUGUUAUGGAUUUAUGGAGGGGCCUUUCGAACUGGCUCAUCAAAAUAUGUCAAUUUCGGCCCAGAAUUUUUAUUGGAAAAAAAUGUGGUCGUCGCCACGUUUAACUACAGACUAGGUCCAUUCGGGUUUCUUGCAACGGAAGAUGGAGUAAUUCCCGGAAAUGCAGGACUGAAAGAUCAAGCAGCGGCCAUAAGGUGGGUUCAUGAUAACAUUGGGUUAUUUGGGGGAGAUCCGGAAAAAGUUACACUAUUCGGACAAAGUGCGGGUGGAGCGUCGGUUGGAUAUCAGUUACUUUACAAGAAGAAUGAAGGCUUGUAUCAUGGUGCAAUAUUGCAGAGUGGAAGCCCAUUGAGCUCAUUUAGUUUUAUGGGUGAUAUUAGCGCUAGAGAAUAUGCUUUUGAUCUGGCGUCCCAAAUUGAUGGCGCAGUGGAUUUUGGAAAUGAUACGAAUUCUCUAGUAAGCUUCUUAUUGAAUGCUACAGGACGACAGAUUGAUAAGGCAUCUACUUUAACCACCGUAACCUCUAGACCGUUACCUGUUAUCGAAAAAGAUGUUGAGGGAGCCUUCCUGACAAGGGAAUCAUAUGAAAUUUUGUCCGCUGGUGAUUUCCUUAAAGUGCCAAUUAUGCUGGGCACCACUUCUGAAGAAGAUAUUUAUGCUGCAGAUGAUUUGGAUUCGUACACUACCAAGUUUGAGGAAUAUGAAUCAAAUCAUGCCAAAUUUAUCCCAUCAAAAGGAUUCCACCUAAAAGCUGGAAUAAAUCAAACUUUUGUUGGCGAAGAAAUAUAUGAUAUGUAUUUUACUAACGUAUCAACUGAAGAUAAAUUGGGAUACUUUUUUAGAUACAACAGUGACAACCAAUAUUCAAAACCGGUAAUUAAACAUGCUGAUUUAAGUUCCAAUUACACAACGGUCUACUUUUAUAUAUUUUCUUACGACGGUCUUAUGGGAAAUUGGAAUAUAACUGUACCUGGUGCUGGAUUAGUUGGACAUGGAGAGGAUGACCGAUAUAUUUGGAGAGUAAGAUCCAGCACCUUCACGAAUUAUGACCUAUCAAAGUACCCCGCAAAGGAUGUAUUGGUUCAUGAUAGAGUGAUUACUCUUUGGACUAAUUUUGCCAAAUAUUUAAAUCCUACGCCCAAUUCCACUAAACUUCUUCAAAAUGUUUUGUGGCCUACCGUGAGUAACAACACAUUUAAUUACAUGGAUAUUGGAAAUGAUUUGGUUGUGCGAGCGAACCCGAAAAGUCCUUAUUAUGCUGGUUGGUCCAGAAUUUAUGACCAAUACAAUGAACGUCCAUUUACAAUUUUUUAGAGUGCUAUACCUAUUUCAGUUAUAUUGCAAUUAAUAAAGUUGAUAAUUUUUGAACUAA